AUGUGGAAAGUGGCAUUUGUCAAGGACAUGUUUCAUGACACAUCAUUCAUUGACCUGGAGAGGAUCGUUUCCAAUGAGUUCAUACACUUCUUCAGGAGCAAGGAGCUUGAUGUUUCAUUCCUCAAGAAGCUGAAGAUAACACUGUUGAGUCUUCAAGCUGUUCUUAAUGAUGCUGAGGAGAAACAAAUCAAAAACCUGCUCUGUGUUUCAAAGAUUGGAGCAAUUUUGAUUGCAAAAAGACAUCCUGGGGUUGAGAGAAGGUGUUUCAAGCAGGGUUUAGCCACAAGCUCUGUGGCAGAUGAAUCUGCUAUUUAUGGCAGAGAUGAUGACAGGAAGAUACUCAAUAAUUAUUUGCUGUCAGAAGAAGAUAAUGGUAGUGGGAGUAAAAUAGGGGUUAUUACCAUUGUGGGCAUGGUGGUCUUGGAUUUUGAUGUUUAUGGAAGCUACGAUGACUGGAACAAGCUGAGAGCCAUCUUCAAAUGUGGGGGAAGCAAAAUCAUCAUCACAACACGCUACGAAAGUGUAGCACUAGCAAUGCAAACCUCUCUUCCUGUCCACUACCUAAAAUCUCUUCACACUGAAGAUUGCUGGGCAUUACUUUCUCAUCAUGCAUUUAGAGCAACCAACAGCAGGCAACAAUCCAAAUUUCAAGCAAUUGGCAGAGAAAUAGCUAAAAGGUGUGGUGGCUUACCUUUAGCAGCAGAAGCUAUUGGCUUUUGUGGAAUGCAGCCUGCCGGGCCAUUUGCGGAUACUGGAGAUAUCCACGUGUGGUUUUGGACAGUCUCAAGUGUUCGCGGGGAUGGGCUUGUGAAUGCGUUGACGAAAGCUUCGACGGAGAAGCAGUUGUUGUCGUGUUUGAAGGAGAAGUGGCUUCGACAUCUCUGGAAUAGCAGGUGGGAAGCUAUAUAUUUACUCACCUGA